UCAAAAGCUCCAACUAUGGCUGAAAUGAGGCUAAGGUUGACUGAAAAUGAAGUGUCUACCAAUGUUAGGACUGGGGCUGUUGCAUGGUUGAUUGAGGGUAUCAACAUAGAAAUGCUCAGUAAGGUGUUCAAUAUUUGGGACGUGAUUGACUCAAUUUGGGUUAUUAGAGAUGCCCUACGUCCUUCUAUAAGACAACUGCCAGAGGAUUCAACUGCUUCUCAGAGAACUCUGAUGGAAGAAAAAAGGGAGAAGCUCUUGUCUCACAUUAAUAAGUUCCACGAGACUGUGUUGGUUAUGACAAAUAGUAUGGAAUUGUAG